CAUCUAACGUUUUCUUUUGGAAACUUUGAGUGAAUUUCCGUUUCCUUUGUUGUAGAUCAAUUUUGUUUGAGUUUUGUGCAUUUGGUGAAUUUAAUUAGUUAAUUAUUUUCUAGUUUGGAUUAUAAAAUUUAAUUUAAUUUCUGUUACAAAAUGCCAACCAGAUUUAAGAAAAGCCGAAAAUUAAGAGGCCAUGUUAGCCAUGGUCAUGGACGUAUUGGUAAACAUCGUAAACAUCCUGGUGGUCGUGGUAACGCUGGUGGUCAACAUCAUCAUCGAAUAAAUUUUGACAAAUACCAUCCAGGUUAUUUUGGUAAAGUUGGUAUGCGUAAUUAUCAUGUACGCAAAAAUUCAUUAUCUAACUUCUGUCCCACCAUUAAUGUUGAAAAUUUAUGGUCAUUGGUUGGAGAGAAGACAAGGAAAGAACUUUCUGAAGAUAAAAGGAAACGAGCACCAGUUCUUGACGUUGUUAAACAUGGAUUCUUCAAAGUUUUAGGAAAAGGUUCCCUUCCAAGUCAACCAAUUAUUGUGAAAGCCAGAUUAUUCAGUAAAGAGGCUGAGGAAAAGAUCAAAAAAGUCGGAGGUGCUUGUAUCCUCAGAGCGUAAAAUAAAUACACCUUUUGAUUAACAUGCGAUUUCUCAGCUUGUUUUCUUUAAAUACAAUAAAUUUGCUUGGAAAAUAAGUUAAAUCUACAACUAAA